CAGGAGGGACAGUCGGGGACCGGCGCAGGCACUGAGUAGCCCGCGGCCCGGGUGGUGCGGGAGGCCCUGGCCCGGCUGUGGAGCGCUGCGCGAGAGGCUGACCCCGAAGGACCCCCAGCGCGGCGGGCGCGGCGAUGAUCCUGGAGGAGAGGCCGGACGGCGCGGGCGCCGGCAAAGAGAGUCCGCGGCUGCAGGGCUGUGACUCCCCGAUGCAGAUGCGGUGCAGCCAGCUGCAGAGCCGCAGGGCCCGGAUUCACCAGCAGAUUGACAAGGAGCUGCAGAUGCGGACGGGCGCUGAGAACCUCUACAGAGCCACCAGCAACAACCGGGUGAGAGAGACGGUCGCCCUGGAGCUGAGCUACGUCAACUCCAACCUGCAGCUGCUGAAGGAGGAGCUAGAGGAGCUUAGCAGUGGCGUGGAUCCUGGCCGGCAUGGGAGUGAAGCUGUCACUGUCCCCAUGAUCCCCCUGGGCCUGAAGGAGACCAAGGAGCUGGACUGGUCUACACCGCUGAAGGAGCUGAUCUCGGUGCACUUUGGAGAGGAUGGCGCUUCCUAUGAGGCAGAAAUCAGAGAGCUGGAGGCCCUGCGGCAGGCCAUGCAGACCCCCAGCCGGAACGAGGCGGGCCUGGAGCUGCUCACAGCCUACUAUAACCAACUGUGCUUCCUGGACGCACGCUUCCUCACCCCUGCCAGGAGCCUCGGGCUCUUCUUCCACUGGUACGACUCGCUUACUGGGGUCCCGGCCCAGCAGCGCGCCCUGGCCUUCGAGAAGGGCAGCGUUCUCUUCAAUAUCGGCGCCCUCCACACGCAGAUUGGGGCGCGCCAGAACCGCUCCUGCGCCGAGGGUGCCCACCGCGCUGUGGAGGCCUUCCAGAGGGCCGCUGGGACCUUUAGCCUCCUGAGGGAGAACUUCUCCCAUGCGCCGAGCCCAGACAUGAGCCCUGCGUCCCUCUGCGCACUGGAGCAGCUCAUGAUGGCCCAGGCCCAGGAAUGUGUGUUUGAGGGCCUCUCACCACCUGCCUCCAUGGCCCCCCAAGACUGCCUGGCCCAGCUGCGCCUGGCGCAGGAGGCUGCCCAGGUGGCAGCCGAGUACAGACUAGUGCACCAGACCAUGGCCCAGCCACCCGUCCACGACUACAUGCCCGUCUCCUGGACUGCCCUGGUGCAUGUCAAGGCCGAGUACUUCCGCUCCCUGGCCCACUACUACGUAGCCAUGGCCCUCUGCGACGGCUCCCCAGCGACCGAGGGAGAGCUCCCCACACACGAGCAGGUCUUCCUUCAGCCCCCCACCUCCUGCAAGCCCCAAGGCCCCGUGCUGCCGCAGGAGCUGGAGGAGCGCAGGCAGCUUGGCAAGGCACACCUGAAGCGCGCCAUCCUGGGGCAGGAGGAGGCGCUGCGGCUGCACGCCCUGUGCCGCGUCCUGCGCGAGGUGGACCUGCUGCGGGCUGUGGUCGCCCAGACGUUGCAGCGCUCACUGGCCAAGUAUGCGGAGCUGGACCGUGAGGAUGACUUCUGUGAGACUGCCGAGGCCCCAGACAUCCAGCCUAAGACCCAUCAGAAGCCAGAGGCCAGGACGCCACGCCUGUCCCAGGGGAAGGGGCCUGACAUCUUCCAUCGGCUGGGGCCCCUGUCUGUGUUCUCAGCCAAGAACCGGUGGCGGCUGGUGGGGCCCAUCCACCUGACCCGAGGAGAGGGUGGCUUUGGCCUCACGCUUCGGGGAGACUCGCCUGUCCUCAUCGCUGCUGUCAUUCCAGGAAGCCAGGCCGCGGCGGCCGGCUUGAAGGAGGGCGACUACAUUGUGUCAGUGAACGGGCAGCCGUGCAGGUGGUGGAGACACGCAGAGGUGGUGGCGGAGCUGAAGGCUGCGGGAGAGGCGGGUGCCAGCCUGCAGGUGGUGUCAGUGCUGCCCAGCUCUAGGCUGCCCAGCUUGGGGGACCGUCGACCCGCCCUGCUGGGCCCCAGGGGGCUUCUAAGCAGCCAGAGGGAGCAUAGCUGCAUGACCCUGGCAUCCACGUGGGCCAGCCCCCGGCCCCUCCUCAGCUGGAGCCGAAAAGCCCAGCAGGGCAAGCCUGGAGGCUGCCCCCAGCCCCGUGCCCCAGUGAAGCCGGCUCUGCCCUCAUCCUCGAAGCGUCCAGGGUGGCUGUGAGGGCCAGGCUCCCUGCACACCUCAGCCCUGGCUCCAGCUGGCGGGAAGCACCAAGCAUGCCCUCCCCACCCAGAGGACCUCCAGGCAAUGCCUGCCCCGCCUCAUGCCAGAGGCUGCCUCGGGCACCUGCCUGCCCAUUAAAGACUAUGGUCAGACCUGUCUGAGCCCAGUGAUGGGAGCUGUGGCCUCUUCACCCACACACAGGAGGGGUGCCAGUCCCUCUGCCGGUCUGAGGUCAGCUUCCUGGGGCUCCCCCACCCUGAGGGCUCCUCACAGGAGGUGCUCCUCACAGCCAUCACGUCUGUCCCCCGGGCUCUGUCCACCCUGCUGCUGCCCUGGGCACAGACCCUGAGGUCUCAGUCCUGCCUCCAGCCAAGUUUCUGCCUGGUGCCCAGUGACUCCUGCUGGGCAUCCUUUCACUCGCUGCCAGGCACCCCUUCACUCGCUGCCCCUCCACCAUGCAGCAGCCAGGCACACCCACAGCAUCCACAGACCUCUAGGCCGGGUCCCAGACACGGCCUUCCCCGAAAAUACCCCCUGUUGUUCUGUCUGUGCAUAGAGCAAGGGACUCCCCACCUCUGCACCCUGUGCUGGUCAUCCCAGGCUCUGUGCUGGUCAACCCAGCAAGUGUCCCCUUUGCCCAGGAGUCCCCAGUGUCAUGGCCCAGGUCUCAUGGUGGCCCUAAGCCUGCCAGCCCUGCUGCCCACCUUGCUGUCCUGCUCCGAGCAUAGGUGCCACCCUCCAGCUUCUGGGCAUGUCACCUCUCCCUGAGCCUGGGGCCGGCACAGGCCCCCAGCCCUCCCCAGCCUGCUUGCGCCGCUCCUGCUGGCCUCUACAGGCCAGGAGCUCUCAGUGUCUCAAGCAGGGGAAGUGGGGGCUGCCUCUAGGCCUCUGUAUACUGGGUGGACAAUGGCCUCCAAAGGCUGUCAGCAGGAGCACCGUCCCCAGGAUCCCCACAGCAGUGGGCUCAGGACCUGGGCACCAAGGGCAGGGAGUGGGAAGGGCUGCAGAGCAGGGCAGGCCCGAGCUGCACCCGAGAGGAGCCUCGGAACCAGAGUGGGGGUCCUCACCAAGGGCCCCAGGGCCCAGCAGGUUCCGGAAGGGACAGGGCUGGCGGGAGUCAUUCCCUGCAGCCACCAGGGGGCAGCCGCCACCCGCUCAGCAGCCCUGGGAGGCGGCACAGGCAGGUGCGCCUUGGGAGGGCUGAGGCACAGACCCCGGGUAGCAAGGCGGCCCCCAGCUCUGCGAGACCCCUGCCCUCUCGUCCAGUCCCUUCCAAGGGUCCCCAGGUGGGAGCAACCCGCCCUGCGUCACAAGCUCCAGUUCCAGGGUCCAGGACCCUGCGCUGCCACCUCCCUCAUGCUUCAACCGGGAAAAUGGGGGUGCGAGUGGGGUGUUUGGGGUCCCAGAGAUGCAGGCGCCGUGGUGCCAUCUUCCUGGGCGGGAGGGUGGGGCUCCCCAGCCUUCCUGAGCAGGGGUGGCGCCCAGGUCCCCCAUUUGCCCUCCUGGGAAAAUCCCUGUCUCAGCAGAAUGGGCCAAGGUCAUGCAGGUCUCCCCAGCACAUAUUAAUUUGGUUAAUAAAACUGUUCAUCAGGGA